CCCCGUGGCGGCGGCCGUAAAGCGCGGCGGUCGAACGGCCGGUUCCGGCUGAAUGUCAGUGCGGAGCUGUGGGCCGGGGAGGAAGGUGGUUGGCGGUCCCUCUACCACCUCCGCCGCUGCCUCCUCCGCUUGUGCUGCCGCUGCGGGCCCUCGGUCGCUCGGCCGCUCGGGCAUGAGGCCGUGAGGCGGGCAACGGGUCGGGGCCGCCGACAUGUUUGGCCGCUCGCGGAGCUGGGUGGGCGGGGGCCACGGCAAGUCUUCCCGCAACAUCCACUCCUUGGACCACCUCAAGUAUCUGUACCACGUUUUGACCAAAAACACCACAGUCACAGAACAGAACCGGAACCUGCUAGUGGAGACCAUCCGUUCCAUCACGGAGAUCCUAAUUUGGGGAGACCAAAAUGACAGCUCUGUAUUUGACUUCUUCUUGGAGAAGAACAUGUUCGUUUUCUUCUUGAACAUCCUGCGGCAGAAAUCAGGCCGCUACGUGUGCGUUCAGCUGCUGCAGACUUUGAACAUCCUCUUUGAGAAUAUCAGUCACGAGACCUCACUCUAUUAUUUGCUCUCUAAUAACUAUGUAAAUUCUAUCAUUGUCCAUAAGUUUGACUUUUCCGAUGAGGAGAUUAUGGCAUAUUAUAUAUCGUUCCUGAAAACACUUUCGUUAAAACUCAACAACCACACCGUGCAUUUCUUUUACAACGAGCACACUAACGACUUUGCCCUGUACACAGAAGCCAUCAAAUUUUUCAACCACCCUGAAAGCAUGGUUAGAAUUGCUGUAAGAACCAUAACUUUGAAUGUCUACAAAGUGGAUAACCAGGCCAUGCUGCACUAUAUCCGAGAUAAAACUGCUGUUCCUUACUUCUCCAAUUUGGUCUGGUUCAUCGGGAGCCACGUGAUCGAACUCGAUAACUGUGUGCAGACCGACGAGGAGCACCGGAAUCGGGGGAAACUGAGCGACCUGGUAGCCGAGCACCUGGACCACCUGCACUAUCUCAAUGACAUCCUGAUCAUCAACUGUGAGUUCCUCAAUGACGUGCUCACGGACCACCUGCUGAACAGGCUCUUCGUGCCCCUCUAUGUGUACUCGCUGGAGAACCAGGACAAGGGAGGAGAACGCCCGAAAAUCAGCCUGCCGGUUUCUCUCUAUCUCCUGUCGCAGGUCUUCCUAAUUAUACAUCACGCACCCCUGGUGAACUCACUAGCGGAAGUCAUUCUGAACGGUGAUCUGUCUGAGAUGUACGCUAAGAGCGAACAGGAUGUUCAGCGAAGUUGCGCCAAGCCCAGCAUUCGGUGCUUCAUUAAACCCACCGAGACGCUAGAGCGGUCCCUUGAGAUGAAUAAGCACAAGGGCAAGAGGCGGGUGCAAAAGAGACCCAACUACAAAAACGUUGGGGAGGAAGAAGAUGAGGAGAAGGGGCCCGCCGAGGACGCCCAGGAAGACGCUGAGAAGGCUAAAGGUACUGAGGGUGGUUCAAAAGGCACCAAGACGAGUGGGGACAGUGAAGAGAUAGAGAUGGUGAUCAUGGAGCGCAGCAAGCUCCCGGAGCUGGCGGCCAGCACGUCCGUGCAGGAACAGAACACCACGGACGAGGAGAAGAGCGCCGCCACGGGCUUGGAAAGUGUGCAGUGGAGCAGACCCUUCCUAGAUAUGGUGUACCACGCCCUGGACAGCCCGGACGACGACUACCACGCACUGUUUGUGCUCUGCCUCCUCUAUGCCAUGUCUCAUAACAAAGGCAUGGAUCCUGAAAAACUAGAGCAAAUCCAGCUCCCGGUGCCCAGUGCGGCCGACAAGACCACCUACAACCAUCUCCUGGCCGAAAGACUCAUCAGGAUCAUGAACAACGCUGCCCAGCCAGAUGGGAAGAUCCGGUUGGCGACGCUGGAGCUGAGCUGCCUGCUCCUAAAGCAGCAAGUCGUGGCCAGCGCGGGCUGCAUCAUGAAGGACGUGCACCUGGCCUGCCUGGAGGGCGCCAGAGAAGAAAGCGUUCACUUGGUACGGCAUUUUUAUAAGGGAGAAGAAAUUUUUUUGGACAUGUUUGAAGACGAGUACAGGAGCAUGACAAUGAAGCCCAUGAACGUGGAGUACCUCAUGAUGGACGCCUCUAUCCUGCUGCCCCCGACGGGCACGCCGCUGACCGGCAUCGACUUCGUGAAGCGGCUGCCGUGCGGCGACGUGGAGAAGACGCGGCGGGCCAUCCGGGUGUUCUUCAUGCUCCGUUCCCUGUCACUGCAGCUGCGAGGGGAGCCCGAGACCCAGUUGCCACUGACGCGGGAGGAGGACCUGAUCAAAACCGAUGACGUCCUAGAUCUGAACAACAGUGACCUGAUCGCAUGCACCGUGAUCACCAAGGAUGGCGGGAUGGUCCAGCGAUUCCUGGCUGUCGAUAUUUACCAGAUGAGCUUAGUGGAACCUGAUGUGUCCAGGCUUGGCUGGGGAGUGGUCAAGUUCGCAGGCCUGCUGCAGGACAUGCAGGUGACCGGCGUGGAGGACGACAGCCGCGCCCUGAACAUCACCAUCCACAAGCCUGCGUCCAGCCCCCACUCCAAGCCCUUCCCCAUCCUCCAGGCCACCUUCGUCUUCUCGGACCACAUCCGCUGCAUCAUCGCCAAGCAGCGCCUGGCCAAGGGCCGCAUCCAGGCGAGGCGCAUGAAGAUGCAGAGAAUAGCCGCCCUCCUGGACCUCCCGAUCCAGCCGACGACCGACGUCCUGGGGUUUAGACUCGGCUCCUCUUCCUCCCAGCACCUGCCUUUCCGCUUCUACGACCAGUGCCGCCGGGGCAGCAGUGACCCCACCGUGCAGCGCUCCGUGUUCGCGUCCGUGGACAAGGUGCCAGGCUUUGCCGUGGCCCAGUGCAUAAACCAGCACAGCUCGCCGUCCCUGUCCUCGCCACCGCCGUCUGCCAGCGGGAGCCCCAGCGGCAGCGGGAGCACCAGCCACUGUGACUCUGGAGGCGCCAGCUUAUCGUCCACGCCUUCCGCCAUCCAGAGCCCGGCAGGAGUGGCAGGAAAGGACGCCGGCGAGUGUUCAGCCUGUCGGAGGCCGACAGUCACGGCGGCCACUGGGUUUAGUGCUUCGAACGGCAGCGCUCACGGCAGCUCUCGCAGGCAAUUCAGACGACCCCGUCACUACGGAACAGCCUCAGCCUAAACUUCCCAGCCAGCUGGUGAUCGUCAGCGAAACAGAAGCAGACGCCCGGCCCGGCAAGAGCCUGGCGAGGAGCACAGACGUGGAGACAGCCAACCUGUCCCCCAGCCUCAUCCCCGCCCGGCAGCCCACCAUCUCCCUGCUCUGUGAGGACACUGCCGACACACUGAGCGUGGAGUCGCUGACCCUCGUCCCUCCUGUCGACUCCCACAGCCUCCGCACCCUCCCCGGCAUCCCCCCACCACCUGUGACGCCCGCAGCGGGCACGGCGACGUCAGGCGAGGAGCCAGCGGGCCCCGCUGAGCACUGAGCGGGCGCCGAGUGGCCUCCCCGUGUGUGUGUGUGUGUGUGUGUGUGUGUGUGUGUGUGUGUGUGUGUGGCCCCGCCCGUAGGGACCCAGUACUGCUGACCCAGAGACACAUCAGGAGCACCCCGGUCCCCGCGGCCCCGGAACCAUCUCUGCACCCAUUCCUGUGCUCCUUUGCUUCAUUUUGAAUUCCUGUUUCACUUUGCGCCUCUUGGGAGAGCAGGCUGGACCCGGUGGAGACACCCCAGUGAACCCAGGGGACGGGAGGAGGUUGGCCUCCCGGUCUCUGAACCUGGUGACCCUGGGGUGGCAGGACCCCCGCACCCUCUCGUCAUCAGCCGGCCGCUCCGGUCUGGAAGCUCCUUGGCCACCAUGCCCAGUGUGCACAGAAGAAGCGGACCAAGUCACUUUGGGUAGGAAUUUGUAGAGAAACAAACUUGGAUAAGCAUCUCCUUUGGAUAUUUAUUUCCGCUUUCGGCAGCAGAUGAAAAGCAUUUAUUUAAAAAGCGUGUAUUUAAAAAAAAAAAAAAAAAAGUCCAAAAAAAAAAAAAAAUCCUCAACCCUGAGGUUUGGCGUCAUGUUAGACAUGUGACGUUACUGUUAAGAUUUCAUUUUCGUCUUCCCUUGAACUUCCAGCGUUUUGUUCUAAAGUUCUCAGUCUGGCUUUCUCCGUUUUAUUUCUCUAUGACUCGCUAACUCCGCAAGCCUGUGGAAUGAUUCAAGGACCUUCCUGGAAAGUUUAGAUUAUUUUUUCAACAACAGUAAAGGAGACCCCACGUAUUCUCAGGUACACACGGAGCUGAGAGGGCCAGAGGUGUCUCGGGCGUGGUAGCCACGGGGCCUUGCGUUUCCUGACACGCCUGCCCGGGAAAGGGGCCGGUGCGGCCAGCUCCCCACUCAGGACGCAUCCUUCGUCUCUCCGGACCGAAACCAGUCAGGGCUGCUGCCCAGCUCCACCUUCAGAUCUUGCCGUCUCUCUCUGUCUAGACAGAACCGCUUGGGACCGUGCAGACUCUGGCCGUGUGGCCGGGAUGGAAAGGAAAGGCCACGGAAGCUGUCCUGUGCGUGGCCCGUGUCCCCACCAUGUGUGUUCGCCCAGGCGGGAGUGUGGGGAGACGCCCGCUGCGGGGUCACGCCCCAGUUCAAGAAGCUGUCCAGGGAACUCCGGUCCACCGCCCUUCCUCCCGGCUGCCGCUGCAGAAACAAAAGCUUAUUUUUAAAGAUGAACCCCACCCCCCACCCCCACCCAGUGGCUUCUCCAUUUGAGCUGGACGCGCGCAGGCCAGUUCCCCGACGUAUCUGAGAAAGCGCCUACUUGGCCAGGUGCAGCCAUGCAACCCUCACCUCUCUCCGGUCAGCGCUGAGACCCUCCAGACUCUCCUCCUCUGUGCCCCGGGAGUCCCAGCACACAUGGGCCCGGGUGUCGGGCGGCCUCAGGAGGUGCUCUGAGCCCUCACAGUCUACCUAUUCAAGGACCGCGGGUCUCCCUGGCUUCCCUCAUCCUGCUGGUGUAGAAGGGCCUGCCGAGGCCUGGUCUCCUCCUCCUGAAAGAAACAUGGUGGUCCCGCAGAGGAGGGGCACGGUGCCCGUGGGGACGGGGCUCUCCUUCAUCAGAAGCCCUCUGGGUGGGUGUGCCCACCCCGCUUCAACAGGGAAGAGACCCAGGUCGGAAAAGGAGGCCGUUCAGACAGAAAUUCUGGGGGCCCCAGAAGGAGGGACAAGCCAUGACCCAUCAGCAGGGCCCCCCCUCCCCCCACCCAGGAAGGAAAGGCAGAAGGGAUGGAAGGGGUCGGGGAGGAGAAAGGGCAUGUCAGCAGUCCUGUGUUCUAUGUGAUUUUUUGCCUGGACGUAAGAGCAAGCUGGCUCCCUGGUUUGGCAGGGGCUGUGGGGCAGAAGUAGAAGGUGAGUAACUUCCCAGCCCGGGGGGCGUUAUUGGGAAGAACAAGCCCAUGCAGGUCCCCCGCCCCCUGCCCUGGGACCACCAGUCUGCCACCAGAAAUCCCAUGGCUCCAAGUGGCUUUGUGGCCACCGAGCCCUGGAGGAGAGAUGGGAGCACAGCGUGUCUCGGGGGCCCUGCGGCAGCAUUGCCAGGGCCGGGAGACGGGAACACAGCCCAGCCUCCAGCAGCAGCUGAGCAAGGGUGUCGAUUGCCAAGGGCAGGCCUCUCCCAAAGGUGGGCCUGUGGUGUGGGUCCUGUGACCUCGGUGGGACACCUGUAGCUGUGGGGUGGGGACUUCCUUUAAGCAGGGGCUCCCAGGCACCUUGCUGGUGAGGGGGCGGCAUACAGCUUUGUGCGAGGAGGUCUGGGUUCCAGAGGAGGUUGGCUCUGAUGAAGGACCAUCAGAGGGCUGGGUCUUGACCAUCGUGGCAGCAUUGGGCAUGGCCGCGUCUUCAGGAGCACCCCGCAAGCCUAAGAGUGCGGUGCUCCCAGGCAGGCCAGCCCAGGCAGAGGGCGCUUGGACCCCAGGGUCGGGCAGAGGGAGGCCGAGCGGGGAAUCCUGGCAGAGCAGGAGUGGGGACCACAAACCUUCUGGACUCCUCGGCAAGCCCACCCAGCCUACAAUCUCCAUGUCCCUACAGAGAGAGGGGCCAGGCCCACCUGCCUCAAGUCCAUUGGGCCCAGUGAGUUUGCCAAGCCAGGGGCAGGGCUCGCCGCCUAAACCCCCAAACCUCAGCUGUGAAAGUUGCUGUGGAGAGAAGCAUACGUCCUUCCAGCUUAAGGGCCCGAGCGAGCCAGGGCACCUCUCCCUGAGGGUCAGAUGGGGUGAGGCCAGGGGCUCCCCAGGACCAGCCCCAAAGCCACAGCAGGAGUGCGGGGCAGAUGAGGGGCCGGGACGCGGCCUGCCUCACUGCAGGCCUUUGCUCCCGUCUCCUCCCUCUGGCCUGUCUGCCCCCCCCCCCGCCCCGCUCUCUGCAGAGGGCAGCCCCCCACCCAAACACCUGAAUUAGCAAGGCCCCCAGGCAGGAGUGAAGGGACAGCCCUCGUUAAAGACAUACACUAGAUUUCCCUAAAGUCUCACGAUGCACUGUUAGAAAUAAAGGCACGGGGUGAACGGAUUCUCAUCUUUUCUAGAUGCAAUAAAUAAGAAAUAUUUAAUGUAGUCAUGUUGACAUUGAGCAUAAACUAUCAGGGUUCCUUAUGUUCCUCUGAGGUGAAAAUAUGUAAAUAAUUCUCGGCCCAAGGCGGAGCAGGGGUUGAGAAACCUCCCGCUUCUGGGCCAAGGGACCGUUCCAGGGAAGAACCUGCUGUCGCCAGCGUGACUCAUGCUUUGUGGGCUCCCAACACGAGGGUGGAAAUGAAAACUGGAACUUCCUGGUAAAUUUGAACUUGGCAAUAAAACAGAAAAAGUUACCAAGAA